UGAAGGAGAUAUCUGCGAAGGUAGAGGAAGGAAAUUUGAGAACUGAUUGGCUGUAGUUGCUGUCAGCGGGUGGAUGUCGUUUUCUUCUCUCUCUCUCUUUUUGCUACAGGAAGUGGUUUGCGGAGCUCACCGAGCCUUUGUUGAGAAGGGUCUCCUCAGAGUGAGUCACGCUUUUGCUGGGAGCAGCCCCGUGCAGCUGGGCGCUCCAUCAGCGGCAACUAUGACUUUUGCAAGGCAAGCGUUCCACCCUAACCCGUGGUCUCCCGGGCCCGCGCUGCGCGUCUGCUGCUCUGCUGCCUUGUAACGGUGUGAGGACUCGGUCUUCGGCCUCGGCGGUCCCUUUCCGGAAAGGCUGUCCUGGGACCCCAGCUCCUUGUCCCGCUCCGGGGCUCGCGGCUAGUGUGCUAUGCGCGGCAGCCCGCGCCGGGGCCGGCACCAGCAGCGCCCGGGCGGAUGCGGCGAGCUAACGGAGGGGCAUGCUUCCACGCACCAAGUACAACCGCUUCAGGAAUGACUCGGUGACAUCGGUCGAUGACCUUCUCCACAGUCUGUCGGUGAGCGGCAGCGGCGGCAAGGUCUCGGAGGCGGCGCCCGCGGCGACCCCCUACCUGGUGUCGGGCGAGGCGCUGCGCAAGGCGCCGGACGAUGGGCCCGGCAGCCUGGGCCACCUGCUCCACAAGGUGUCCCACCUGAAACUCUCCAGCUCCGGCCUGCGCGGCCUGUCGUCCGCCGCCCGGGAGCGGGCUGGCGCGCGGCUCUCGGGCAGCUGCAGCGCGCCCAGCCUGGCGGCCCCGGACGGUGGCAGCGCGACCCCCGGGUCCCGCGCCCAGGCCACCAGCAUGAGCGCCACCAGGAAGAGCCGGGCCGGCGAUGAGCCGCUGCCCAGGCCCCCGCGGGGCGCGCCUCACGCCAACGACCAGGUGCUGGGACCCGGAGUCACCUAUGUGGUCAAGUACUUGGGAUGCAUUGAAGUUCUGCGCUCAAUGAGGUCUCUUGACUUCAGCACAAGAACUCAGAUUACCAGGGAAGCCAUCAGCCGUGUCUGCGAAGCUGUGCCAGGUGCCAAAGGAGCCUUCAAAAAGAGAAAGCCUCCGAGUAAAACGCUGUCCAGCAUCCUGGGGAAGAGUAACCUCCAGUUCGCUGGGAUGAGCAUCUCCUUGACCAUCUCCACCGCCAGCCUGAAUCUGCGCACUCCUGACUCCAAACAGAUCAUAGCGAACCAUCACAUGCAGUCCAUCUCCUUUGCCUCAGGGGGCGACCCGGAUACAACAGACUAUGUCGCCUAUGUCGCUAAGGACCCUGUUAAUCGCAGAGCUUGCCACAUUCUCGAGUGCUGUGAUGGGCUAGCCCAAGAUGUCAUUGGCUCCAUCGGACAAGCCUUUGAACUCCGGUUCAAACAGUAUCUGCAGUGUCCCUCCAAGAUCCCCGCUCUCCAGGACCGAAUGCAGAGUCUAGAUGAGCCGUGGACUGAAGAGGAGGGAGAUGGCCCCGAUCACCCAUACUACAACAGUGUUCCCAGCAAGAUGCCUCCCCCUGGGGGUUUUCUUGACGCUCGAUUGAAAGCCAGACCUGAUGCAGCCCAGUUUGCAGGGAAAGAACAAACUUAUUACCAGGGAAGACACUUAGGAGACACGUUUGGUGAAGACUGGCAUCGAGCACCCACCAGGCAAGGUUCCUUGGACAUCUAUAGUGCUCCAGAAGGGAAAGCACACAUGGCUCCAGUAGGAGAGAUACCAACCUAUGUCAACACCCAGCCAGUCCUUGCCCAGGUGUGGCCAGCAGCAAGCAGCAGCACCGAGAGCAGCCCGCGGAAGGACCUCUUUGACAUGAAGCCGUUUGAAGAUGCUCUCAAGAACCAGCCCCUGGGGCCAGUGCUGAGCAAAGCGGCAUCUGUGGAGUGCAUCAGCCCUGUCUCACCCAGAGCCCCAGAUGCUAAGAUGCUGGAGGAGCUGGAUGCUGAGUCCUGGUACCAAGGAGAGAUGAGCAGGAAGGAGGCAGAGGCACUGCUGCAGGAAGAUGGAGACUUCCUAGUCAGAAAGAGUACUACCAACCCUGGUUCCUUUGUCCUCACGGGCAUGCACAAUGGCCAGGCCAAGCAUCUGCUGCUGGUGGACCCUGAAGGCACGAUCCGGACGAAGGACAGGGUCUUUGACAGCAUCAGUCACCUCAUCAACUACCAUCUUGAGAGCAGCCUGCCCAUCGUCUCUGCCGGGAGUGAGCUUUGCCUCCAGCAACCAGUGGAGAGGAAACACUGAGCUGGUCCAGCAACCUCUCCAUGCCUUGUGCCAGGGCGAGAGAGAAGCCACAGGACACGAACAGCUUUGUAUACCCACCGUGCAUGGAGGACCAUCCUGUGGGGUGAACCUUCCAAGGUACCAGUUCACACUGUACCCACGGCACUUCCCCACAACCAAAGCCACUGACACUGGAGACAAGCGACAGCUCACAAGGCAGGGAUGAAUGGACUAACCAGGCUUGGGCGAUGAGUUUCUUUUCUUCUUCUUUUUCUCCUUUUAACACUAUGUGUGAGUUGCCAAUUGACUGUUGUUCUCUGUUCAACUGACUCUCAGCUCUAACUUGUUUUAGAGUAUUGUGAAAUUAUGUGAGUUCCUUUGUGUUCAGAAUUAAACAUCUGGUGUUUAAGGACCCCGGAUUAGGAGACAGCUCAGCAUAAAUGUACUGUGUAACAAGGUAUUUGUUUUUCAAAAGCAUUUGGAUGGCCAUACAUACUGAGAUAUGAAUAUUUGGAAUUUUUUUUUUGUUUCUGUUAACUUUUGUGAGACACAGACAAUAACUGUAACAGCAGUCUGUCUGGGCUUAUGGCCAACCCAUACCUUUCUACUUUGAUACCGGCAUGGAAUUGGCUUCCUGAGUCACCUGUGAGGAGCAGAAAUAUAAAACCAAUUUCAAGUUUUCUAAUAUUUUUCUAUGAUAAAACUUAUGUGAUUUGUGAACAUUUGGAGAUCCCAAGAUACAACAGGCAAAGGUUAUUGGCUUGGGCUGCCUUACCCCCAGGGACUCCAUCUUGCUCUUUUGGGGAG